AUGUACCGGAACCAGUUGGAUCGGUAUGAGGAUCAGUUGUUGAGCCUUCGGAAUUACUCCACUUUGGCUUCCACGUUGCAUGACGAAAUAAACGCGUUCCGACAGUGCGUAGCAGACGUAAAGGGUUCAUUCAUAAAAGAUGACUAUUGCGUGGCGGUUAAGGUGGAGGCGGACAGUCGUCGAGUGAAGGAGGGUAUCCGGCAGACGGAGGACUGGCGACGGUUGUGCGUGUUUACGACCCCUGAGAACUAUGAUUUGCGUUCGAUCUCGGUUUUGCGUGCGAAUUUUGUGGUCCUACACCGUUUGGUGCGCGCAAUUGAUUUGGUAGACGCUGCGGGGGGCGCGGAGGUGCCAUUGGAGACCUGUCUCAAGGAAUUGGAAAAGGUGCAGACGCCGGUGGUGAAUUUACACACUGUGCGUCAUACGGACGCUCAGGGCAAUCUGGUGCCCCUGAUUCCUAAGACGUUGGACGUGCUGCAGACGCACAUCGAACACCUCUUCAAGGCCUGGGUGUUGCGUCUCUCGCCGGGUUAUCGAGACCGCCAAGGCGUCAUCACGGAGGCCGGGUCUCCCUCAGCCACGUCCGGGUCUGCCUCUGGGUCGCCCCUUUCACAAUCAUUUCCGCCCGGCACAUUUCCACCCGCCACAUUUCCAACCGCCGCAUUUCCACCCGCCACAUUUCCACCCGGGUCCAUGGAUACGGACCUGCCGGCGUCUGUAGGGACGGGGGUUACGGUUGUGGGUCCACCAAUUUCGGCGGAGUCGGUCACAGUGGAGUGGCAAUUGUUAUUUAUGUUUGUGAAGUUGAUUAAGAGCAGCACGACCUACGUUGAUGGGAUCACACGUUCGUUGGUGGUGUAUCGCGGUGCUGAGUGGCGUAUGUUGCUUAAUGAGGCGAGUGAGAUUGACCAGUCGAGCGACCUGAUCACGAGUGUCUUAGGAUGGCUCGUGAACAUGUUUAAGGAAGAAAAGCGUUUCGUCGAGCAGUAUUUCCACGUGCUGAAGUGUGAGUGCACCUGCAAACGGUGUUGGAAACUCGAAACAGCCGCGCAUGGUCCCGACUGCUCAGCAGACGAACUGGGUCUGCUGGAAGUCGGCAAAGUUUCAGAUUAUUUGCAACUACUCUUCAACAAGGAAUUGAUGGGAAGUGUCCACCAAAUCUGGAAUAGACUUCCGGGAUUCAAUCUCGACCUCCGGAACAACACCUUUGGAGGUCGCUCGUUCAGAGAUGAUCGCUCGUUCAGAGAUGAUCGCUCGUUCAGAGAUGAUUUAUUAGGAGACGAUUUGGGUGACAACUCCUUCGCACCUAGCUUGCCACCCCUCCGAGAAAAUGUAGCGGCAGACGAUCGGCAGACUGCCGUCUACUAUUACAAGAUGGUCGACAUCUUGGACCUGAAUGUACACAAAAUAGUGGUUUUGCUCGACCACGAUUCUGAUGCUCUGGUCGUGAAAUAUUUACGGUGUCUGAAAGGAAGCCUGAUGAACCUGUACCGCGGCUGUGUGGAGCGGAUCUGUGGGGAGAUAGGAGAGUUCCUACUGGACACACACGUGCCAGCGAUUCCGCCGGUGAUGAAGGCUGCAGUCUCUUUUGUGAAGGCAAUCAUCGAUGAAAGUGUGGCACAAAAAGCGCGGCGCGCGAAAUUGGACGAAAAGUUGGACAGCCACAAGUUGACCGAUAGGUUGUCGGUUGCGGAGUCGGUUGCGGAGUCGGAGUUAAUUGAGACGAUUGACCGAGUGUAUAACACAAUAAUAAAUUCUGCGCGUGUGCAAACACAGAGUCAGGAAAUAUUGCUGGUGAAUCUGUACGACUAUCUGUUCCGUAGUCUGCCAGCGCAGACGCACCCGAAUCUGCACAAUGUAUUGAGUGUGUUGGUACAGGACGCGGCCGCGCAGUUGGCGAUUAAAGAGAGCUGUGUUUUCCUCUCGACAUAUGACCUGCUAAAGUACGUCCGUGUCAACCGUGCUACGGGCGCUGUUCACACGACUGGUGCACUUGACGAGGCCCUCCCCGCAGCCCUUUUCCUCUUCGCCGACGCAGUCGCCAAACUCUACCUACCUGAACUACUCAAACUCGCCUCCGAGCAAGCUCGCCGACUCAUCCAAUUAAAAACCAACGAAAUACUCAGUACCGCCUACGCACUUCUCCGAUCCAAACUGACUGACGCACAGGCCACCUCUUUGCCACCAACUUUACUCACACACUCUUAA